CGAGUUGGGCUGAAAGUCAUAUGACCGGGUGGAUAGCAUGGAGCUCGCGCUGCUGCUGCUGUGUUUGUUGACUGCAUCUGGAGCUUCCGCCGGUCGGUAUUUUAACCCGGAUCAGCCCUGUUUCAGACCGUUACCGUGGAGAGCCCGGAUCGGCCGCAGGACUGUACCUCGUCCUCAUGAGUACUUGAAUGUCGCGGAGCUGCCCAAAGCAUGGGAUUGGAGAAAUAUCAACGGCACCAACUUUGUGAGCACAACUCGGAACCAGCACAUCCCUCAAUACUGUGGAUCCUGCUGGGCUCAUGGCAGCACUAGCGCUCUCGCAGAUCGGAUAAAUAUCAAGCGAAAGGCAGCGUGGCCCUCAGCAUAUCUCUCCGUCCAGAAUGUCAUCGAUUGCGCAGAGGCUGGAUCCUGUCAUGGGGGGGAUCACUCUGGAGUGUGGGAGUAUGCCAACACCCACGGCAUUCCAGACGAGACCUGCAACAACUACCAGGCCAAAGACCAAAAGUGUAAACCCUUUAACCAGUGUGGGACAUGCACUACAUUUGGUCAGUGUAAUGUGGUGAAGAACUACACUCUGUGGAAGGUGGGAGAUUACGGGCAGGUCAGCGGUCUGGAGAAGAUGAAGGCUGAGAUCUACGCUGGAGGACCCAUCAGCUGUGGGAUCAUGGCCACUGAUCGGCUGGAUGCAUACACCGGUGGUCUAUACUCGCAGUAUGUGGAGACCCCCUACAUCAACCACAUAGUGUCAGUGGCCGGCUGGGGAGUAGACGAGAGCGGGGUGGAGUUCUGGGUAGUGAGGAACUCAUGGGGAGAACCAUGGGGAGAAAAAGGUUGGUUGAGGAUAGUCACCAGCGCAUACAAAGGUGGCAGUGGGAGUCACUAUAACCUGGCUCUGGAGGAAGACUGCAUGUAUGGAGAUCCCAUUCUUGCUCCGAGCUACUUGUGAAUGCUGAGUUAGAGCUGCAGCGUGUUGUUUCCACAUUUAAAUCGAAAUGUCGCUGGCAUGUACUGUGUGGGGUUUAUCCUCUCUAAACCUCGGGUCAAACCAAAGACCUUCAAUCAUGUACAUUUCUUCUAUUAUUACGUUUUCACAUUUUCUUCUCUCAGGACUUCUUCCUUUACUUCAGAACCAUGAGUUUCUGAUUUAAGCUCUGUUGAUUUUAAAGUGCCGGUUGGUGAACAUUUAAAAAUUAGUUUAUGAAAGGGAUGGAUCAACCGAUCUUACAAAAUAGCCUUUUUAAGCUUUUAUAGUUAACAUUUCUGGUGUGUUUAAUUCUGUGUUUAUAAACCGAGCAGGUCUGUAAACGAGUAUGUUAGCUCUGCUGUUGAUUGAAAAGGAUAUUUGUUUAUUCUAAUAAUAAUUAUAUAAUAAUUAUAUAAUAAAACACACUGACAAACAA